UUUAUUAUUACUUUUAUAAUACAUUCAUAAAUUAAAAACAGCAUAGGAUUUAUUUAAAGGUUACCUGUGGUUAUAUUUGAAAUAUUUCUUUGUGAUGGUUACAGGAAAGAAACGUGCAAACAGAAAGGCACCUGAGCCAGCUGAGCUUUCUGACAAAGAUACAACAAAUACAGGUGGCAGCCAAGAAAUCGCAGUUACUGAGUCUAGAGCCACAAAGAAACCCUCAAAGUCAUCUAAACAGGAGAGACCAGGGCCAAAAGCUAAGAAGGAAUCCAGUAAAGACACUGCUGCAGCAGAUCAACACUCCAGGAAAUCCAACAAAAAAAGAAAGAAUGACAAAAAAGAGGAAACUGCCCCUAAAACAAAGAAACAAACUUCUAAACAACAAAUAGAGUUGGAACAGAUCGAUCCUUCCUGUGAGGAGCAAGAGCAUGAACCUUCACCUGCCCUCAAUGAGCAAGAGGAGGAACAAACAACAGCUGUGAAUAAACAGUCUUCACACAAGGGAGACGCUGUGAUUCCAGGCAAAAAACAGAAGCGAAAAGAGACAAAAAGGGUGGAACGAAAACCAAAAGAUCCACCAACAAUAGCAUCUGACAUUUCCUCAGACAGUCCUAUGUGUGGCAGGAGGAAGAGGAGAUCUCCGGGAGAGUGGUGGCUCGCUAGCCCGAAUGAAAGUACCACAGAGCCUCAGCCAAAGCAAGUGUUGGGUAUGGCACAAAGGCGGAAAGCCAGUACUAAAGCAUCAACAAAGCAAGCAGCUGCUGUUGAUUCUGAGGACACAGUGUCUAUCAGGCCUGCCCAGGGGAAUCAGAAAAAGCAGAAAACUCACAAUUUGUUGGACAGUGCUAAAAAGGCAAUAGCAGGUGACGCUGGACAUAAAGCUGGAGCUGGGCAGAAGACUGCUAAGAAAACAGGUGGUCGAAGGAAACCAAAAUCAGCAGCCACUCAACCUCAAGUGGCAUCACCAGGAGAGGAAGUGGGAGCUUGUCUGAAUGAGAAUGAUGUAGAAAUUAGUCCAGAAUUAUGUAGUCCUAACAGACAGCAUGACAUCCUAUCAGGUGAGAACAGAGUGUUUGACUGGGUCUACUCACGUGAAACUGGUUCUGCACAGAAACAGACUUCAUCUUCUCUUAGAAAACCAGACAGUUCUGUACCAGACAACAUUCCACAGAAAAGACAAAGAAAAGCUCCUUCCAAUUGGUGGGAGGCGCCGCAAUUUCAGGAACCAGCCGAUGGGCUUCCUACACUUCACAGGCCUCCUCCACAAAAGUCUGAACUAACAAAUACUCCUCUUCAUGGUGUGUUUAAUAAGGACCGAAAUUCAAUGGAAUUACAAAAAACAAAGAAUCAUGCUAGGAACCUAAAAAGAAACAUUACCAACACACCAAAGUCAAUAAAACGAUCUUUAGCUUCAAUGAAUGCCAUUUUUGCUUCUCAAAAACCUGAAAACAUGGUAAAAAGUGGACUAAGGUGCAGGAAACAGGGACGCAGAAACCUCCUUCACUCUCUUGAGGACCAGUCAGAUCACUCGAGUGAGAAUAUGGGCCAAAAUGAUGAUCAGCUUCAGGGAAAUGGUCGGGCCACCUUUGGCUUCACCAGCGGUGUUACCGUGGAGCCAUCAGGGACCAGAAACAAAACAAGUGUCAGAGUAUCGAGUGGACCCAACAGAUUAUCUGAUGUUGACGUUGCUUUCAGAAGUGGGCCGUCAUCAAUGCUUGAGCUUCAGCGACAUGAUGAAGAGGAUGAUGAUAUUGACUUGCCAUCGUCUAAUGUGAUGCUGUCGUUGAGAGUGACACCGCAUGAGCGACAGGCUCCACGGGUGUUGGCGCAGUGUGGUCUGUGUGGGCCUCCACUGCAGCCUAUUGUCCUGGAGGAAGAGGAUUGGAAUAACCUGCACGAGUGGUUCUCUCACCUGUGGCCCCCAGCCUCUAAAGAUGGGAGAGUUAUUAGUCCUGAUGACUUCCACUGGCACUCCCAUGGAGGCCGAGCAAUGGGCCACAUGGUUGACCUCCAGAGCCACUCUUUCUCACAUGGAAAGAUUCUAUUGGGGUCGUUCAUGAAGAAACCUUCACAGGUGGACCUUGAUACGGUUUCUGUAUUCAGCAUUAUCUCAAGUUGUGUACGUGUUGAUAUUGAUGGUGUAAAGUCAGUCUACAACUCUGGACAAGUGUUUAUGAUACCCUCUGGACAUAUGUAUAGCAUUCAAAACCUCUGUCAGGAGCCUGCAGUGCUGAUUUACCACAGUCAAAUGACACACAGAGCUGACUGACAUUGUGGCUUCCAUCAAUUCUUUAAUAUAUAUAUAUAUAUAUAUAUAUAUAUAUAUAUAUAUAUAUAUAUAUAUAUAUA